AUAAAAAGAUAUCACAAAUAUUAUCUUGACAACUUUUAUCAAAAUCGACAAAUACAACAAUAAAAGAUCAAAAAAAAAUAUUUCACUCAAGUUUUUAUUUUUAUCGAAAGAUGAAGAUUUUUUUGCAAAUAAUUUUUAUUCUCUUUGUGUCAAAAUUUGUAAAAUCCGAGCCGGAAUUGUCAAAAAAAGAGAAUGAAAUAACAUUAAAAAAUACAUGGAUUCCCGAUGAAGAUGAAAAUAUACUUGACAAUGAGGAAAUUAAAUCAAUAGCAAAAAUUAAAAAUUUAGAUAAAAAAAUAACUUUUCGUCUUUACACAAGGGAAACUGGUGACAAUUAUGAAUUAUUAAAACUUAACGAUAUUGACAGAUUAAAAGCGAGUCAUUUUAAUCCUAAAAGACCUACAAAAUUUUUUUCACACGGUUGGCGAACUGCCAUAAGCAGAAGAAGUUCAUUAAGAAAAAUGAUUCGCGAAGCAUUUUUGGAAAGUGAAGAUUGUAAUUUAAUAAUGAUAACAUGGUAUAAAUUGUCAUUUAGACCAUAUUUUAUAAUUAGAAAAAAUAUUGAAAAAAUGGGCCGAUUUAUUGCAUCAUUUAUUAAUUUUUUGGAAAUGGAAGAAAUGAAUUUAAAUAGUACAACUCUCAUUGGUCUUUCGCUUGGCUCACAUGUUGUUGGUGUAACGGGUUAUUAUACAAAAAGAAAAGUAAAUAAUAUUAUCGGUUUGGAUCCUUCGUGGUAUCUCUACAAUUCCUGCGGAUGGAGAUGUCGAAUUUCAACGCAAUCGGGAAAUAAUGUGGAAAUUAUACACACUAAUGAUAAUCUUAUUGGAAAUCCAAAUGCACUGGGACAUGUGGAUUUUUAUCCAAAUGGAGGCUCAAAACAACCGGGUUGUAUUUUUGAUAUAAUGGGACUUUGUUCACAUCAUAGAGCACUUCUCUACUAUUUAGAAUCUCUUUCAACAAAACGAGGAUUUCAUGCAAUGAAUUGCAAUUCCUAUAAUCAUUUUCUGUCAGGUGAAUGUAAUGGACAUAGGGAAAUUAUGGGUGGCAUUGAUAUUUCAUUUAAAAAACAAGGUAUUUAUUAUUUAAUGACAAAUUCGAAAAUACCUUACGCCAAAGGAAAAAUAGAGAAAUAAAAAUAAAAAUUUAUUCCACUAAAUGGAAACUACUAAAUGGAUGAGUAAAAUAUAUAUAAUGAAAAAAUUUACAAAAAUUCGUAUAAACUUUUUCAAGGAUGUCCUCAAUUUACCAUUCUGCCAAUUACGAAUCCAAUUUGAAUUGUUACGCACAAUUUAAAUUCGGUUAUGUGUGCUCGUUUCUUUGGUAUCGAUUAGAUUAAUUUAUUUCUGUAUUGAUCAAAUUCUGUAGACAAUUAAGUGAAAGGAAAUUUAUUCAAGCCAAUAUCCUGCGUGUCUUUAUUGUAAAAAAGAAUUAAUUAAAAAAAAUAAAAUUAUUACCUAAAAUAAA